AUGCCCGAAUCCGAAGCCAAGAAAGCGGCCAAACCGCCUCUGAAAGUCGAACUUGCACUACCCGCCGUAUACCAGGGACACGGCUCUUACACUGAAAGCUCGAAAGGGGUCCGGGACGUCCAAUUUGUGAUGCCGGGAUCACGGCCUAAGCAAGUCGAUGUUCUCCAAGUAGACUCAACGGCUACAUCGCAACCCUUCAUUGACCCGGCUGUCUUUCAAAAAUGGAGCGACAGGUCUUGA